AUGUUCGACCAUCCACUCUUCCAGAAACUUCAGAAUUACCAAUUUGUGUUGGGAUCGUCGUCGCCUCGCAGAAAGGAGAUCUUGGCCGCUAAUCUCAACAUCUCCAACUUUAUAGUGGUGAAGUCAACCUUUGAGGAAAACCUCUCCAAGCAGAAUACAUUAGCUAUUGACUACGUGACUGCCACUGCAGAACAUAAAAUAGAUAGUAUUGUCACUCAACUCUUGCCCGGAAAACCGUACGUGCUUUUGGUGGCCGACACUGUGGUAUCGUGUGGGGGCCACAUAUUCGAGAAACCAGGCACCAGAGAAAAGCAAAUGGAGAUGCUCCGCCAUUACAGAAGUCAUCCAAAUGAUAUCCAAGUCAUCACGGCCAUUCAGGUAUGUGAAAUUGACUCUAGCUUACGUGUUAUUAGCAGGUUGCUGGAUUGUGAAAUCACCACCUUGAAGUUCAAUGCUCAAUUGUCCGAUACUCCGCUCCAGUACUACGUGAACUCGGAAGAGGGGAUUGAUGUGGCUGGAGGUUUCAAGUAUCAGUGCUUGGGUAGUCUCCUUUUCUCCGGAAUCGAAGGCGACUACUUCAAUGUAGUGGGGCUUCCUGCUGCGAAGACCUUCUACUUGUUGGACCGUCUUCUAAGCUGA